AUGCAAAUUGUCGGUCAAAGCACACUACUCGGACGAUUUGCAUUUGGCCCUAACAUUCUUAUCUUAAAUGGAGAUAAAUGGAAGGCUCAGCGCAUGAUAGCAAACCCGGCUUUCCAUCGAUCCCUGCCGGUCAGUCUGUUUGGACAGCUGACACAGGAGCUUUUUUGCACAAUGGAUACUAUGCUGGAUUCGCCUAUAGAUUUCCAUGAUCUAAUGGAGCGCUGGGCUCUUGACGCGAUAGGACGUGCCGGUUUCGAUUUCGAUUUUCAUGCCAUCAGUAAACCUAACAACGAGUGGGUCGAUCGCUAUGGCAACAUUAUGAAAGCCAUGAUGGAAAUACGCUAUGUCAUAUUUCCAAUUCUGGAACGUUUCUUUUUACCUUUAUUACCUAAGCGAAGACAAAUACAUAAAGAGCUCGAUGUUUUCCUUGAUAUGCUCCAAAGCAUCAUCGACAAGAAACGUCAAGAUCUAAGCGGCGUGGAUCUGUCCGGCAUGAAUCACAGUGAAAAGGAUUUACUUACUCUCAUGUUGGAAGCUUCAGCUGAGGGCAAUGGAAGAAUGACGGACGAAGAAAUAAAGAGCAACCUUUGCAUCUUUUUCGCAGCUGGCCAUGAUACUACUGCAAACAGUUUGUCCUAUAUGGCAUAUUAUUUAGCAAGACAUCCAGACAUCCAACAAAAAGCUCGAGAAGAAGCUAUAAAGGUCCUCGGCAACGAAUCAACUGAUAUUCUGCCUACAAAAGAUCAACUACGCAAUAUGCCUUAUAUAAACCAGAUUAUUAAAGAGACGUUGCGUAUCAAUAGUCCUGUGGCCGGUCUUAUUGGGCGUGUAGCAGCGCAAGAUACCGAUCUUGACGGUGUAUUUAUACCCAAGGGAACUCGCGUUAUGUGCUCCCUGUACGAGCUUCAUCAUAAUCCUUCCGUUUGGAAGAAUCCAGAAGAAUUUAACCCAGAUCGCUUUGCACCUAACGGAGAAGCGGAGAAGUUGGCAGGUAUAGGAUUUGCUUGGCUACCCUUCUCUAACGGUUCUCGUCAAUGCAUCGGAAUGAAUUUCAGUAUGACAGAACAACGAGUACUAUUGUCUAUGCUUUUGAGGAAGUAUGAAUUGUUGCUUCCAGAAGACUCCAUCCACAAGGACAGAAUUGUAACCAGAGGAUUUUUCAUUGUUUCUCCAGUUGACAUGAAAAUCAAUUGCAAAAAGCUAUACUGA